AUGGCGAGGAUCCGUGAGGCCAAGUCGCAGGGCCGCGGCGACGUGGACCUGACGCCGACCGAGGUGGCGGCCCUCACGCGCAUGAAGGAGCGCAAGAAGAAGGAGGCCGAGCGGCGCCGCCUGGCCGAGAAGCGCGUCUCGGUCCCGCUCUCGUCGUUCGAGCUCGACGACGACGAGCUCCCCGAGCACCCGCCUCCUGGGGUGCUCGACGGCCGCGCCGAGCGCCAGGCAUACCCACCCGUCGGCUACUUCCCGCCCCCGUCGGCCGUGCAGCCGCAAUCAAGAAAGCACUCGGGCACCAGCUCGCACCGCGGCCGGCGCGGCGACGACGAGAUGUACAUGCUCCCCGCCGCCUCGGCCCCUUCACUCGACCCGGACUACUACAUGAGCAACGCGGGCCCGCACGCGCCGCCCGGCGCCGUCGUGGCGGCCCACCGCACCUUCUCGGGCCCGCAGCCGCGGUCGAGGCGGCGCGGCGACGACAUGAGCGACGAGGGCAGCGGCGACGAGACGGACAGCGACGAGUACAGGGACGGCGGCGCCCGUGGCCGGCGCGAGGCCACCAUCAUCGUCGAGGCGGCCCGCGGCGACCGGUCAAUGACGCCGGACCUCAGGCGGUCGUCGCGCCGCAACGCCAGCAAGUCGCCCGCCAAGCGCAGCAGCAAGCCCGUCGCCGCCGACAAGGACAAGGGCAAGACGUCCACUGCCACCUCGACCAAGAGCCGCAAGAAGCGGUGA